GCCCUGGCCUGGAAGGGGAGAAAAGAAUUGGAGGGGAAUAGAGAGUUAAAUUAGAUGAGGUAGUCUUAAGGGACCACGUGAAGACCUUUGUGACCUAGGAUCAGGUGGUCCUUCUCCUUCUUCUAGACAGUGUUUCUCUGUAGCUUUGGAGGCUGCUUGGAACUCGCUCAAUAGAUCAGGCUAGCCUCGAAAUCACAAAUAUGCGCCUGUCUCUGCCUCCCGAGUGCUGGGAUUAAUGGCCCGGCCAACGCCCUACUUAUUAACCACAGCUUUGGGACAUCUCCGCAGGAUACCCCAGGGUUUCCAGAGCUGGAUACUGGUUGUUAAGAGAAGGUCUUCUUGGAGCUGGAGACCGUCCAGAUUCCGGCUGGUGGCGGGUAAGGCCAACACUUCCCACUGAGAGACUGCGCCUGCAGCUGCGCAAACCGAGCCAGGAGGCGCAAAGGCUGUGGGCGGGGCUAGACGUCCUCGGGACUCGAGGCGAGGCCUUGUGGGGCGGGGCCGGGUUGAGCCCAACUUUCCGGGUGGAGCGCCGCUUCGGUAGCCGCGGAGAGGGCGGGGUCGGGAGAGCGGAGCGGAGCGGCUCGAGCGCGCAAGGCCGGACUAGAGCCCCGCGCUCGAUGCUUCCAGAUCCAGGGCGGGAGCCUAGUCGCAGCCAGAGCAACCGAACAGCCGCAGCCAGGCCGAGCUCGCAGAUCCGCUCCCACCGACCUGUCCGCUUUUAUUCCCCGCGCUGUCGGAGGCGAGGGGGACUGGGAGGGAAGCAACUGCGACCUUCGCUCCCACGCUCGGAACGCGAUCGCCCCUGCACUGUCUGGUCACGGCCUGAGCACCAAAUACACAGGAGGUCGGGGUCAGUGUCUCCACCCUGACGGUUCGGGGACCGAAGAGGAAAAAAAAAGCCAAGAGAAUUCCGUAUAAGAGCAUCGCGUGAGCAUGGGGCGUGGAGGAGAGUGAAGAUUUCCGAGGUACCAGGAGUUACGCGGCCUGGGUGGGUACCAGGCAGUCCAGCAUCUCAGCAGCCACUCUCUCCCCUUCUGCCCUGAGGGAGCUACAAUUAUCCGGUGGCUCGGAUCUAGCACUUGAAAGCGGUGCUCAGGACCUGACCCAGCCAGUCCCUGGAAAGCCUGCCUCCUGCCCCAGUCUUUCUGGUGCGGAUGUGCCGCUGCCCACUGGAGCGCCAUGAAGGCAGGAUGACCUCAGCCGAAGCAGUGGCUGUGGCUGGAAGUGCCCGGGAGCAUGGCCGCCCCAAGUGGCCUCCUGACAACCCUCAGGUCCUUGGGCAGCCUGCUCGAGCCAGAGUGGUUGUGGCAGCCCUGGUGUGGCUGUUGGCAGGAGCCAGCAUGUCAAGCCUCAACAAGUGGAUCUUCACAGUGCAUGGCUUUGGACGGCCCCUGCUACUCUCAGCAUUACACAUGUUGGCAGCUGCCCUGGCAUGCCACUGGGGGGCCCGGCGGCCCAUGCCCCGCAGCAUCCAAGGCAGAGUGCUGCUGCUCAGCCUCACCUUUGGUACCUCCAUGGCCUGCGGCAACGUGGGCCUGAGCACUGUACCCUUGGACCUAGCACAACUGGCCACCACCACCACACCACUGUUCACACUGGCCUUGUCUGCGCUGCUGCUUGGACGAAGACAUCAUCCCCUGCAGUUUGCUGCCAUGGGCCCACUCUGCCUGGGAGCUGCAUGCAGCCUGGCCGGAGAGCUCCGGGCACCCUCAGCUGGCUGUGGCUUCUUGCUAGUAGCCACCUGUCUCCGAGGCUUCAAGUCUGUUCAACAGAGUGCUCUGCUGCAGGAGGAGAGGCUGGAUGCGGUGACUCUGCUGUAUGCCACCUCUCUGCCCAGCUUUUGUCUGCUGGCAGGCGCUGCUCUGGUGAUGGAGGCGGGAGUGGCCCCACCACUGGCUCCCACGGACUCUCGCCUCUGGACCUGUGUCGUGCUCAGCUGCUGCUUGUCUGUGGUCUACAACCUGGCCAGCUUCUCCUUGCUGGCCCUCACGUCUGCCCUCACUGUCCACGUGCUGGGCAACCUCACGGUUGUGGGCAACCUCGUCCUGUCCCGGCUCCUGUUCGGCAGCCACCUCAGCGCUCUCAGCUACGUGGGCAUCGCACUCACCCUUUCAGGAAUGUUUCUUUACCACAACUGUGAGAUUGUGGCCUCAUGGGCUACCCGCCGGGGGUUGUGGUACAGGGACCGGCCUGGCAAAGGUCUUUGAGACCUGGUAGAGUGCAUGAGCGCUGGGCAGCCCUAGCCUGAAUCUUGACCAUGGACAAUGGCCAUGAGGAAAGUGGAGAGGUGCUAUGUCCACCAGGCCAGGGAAAGGAGGUGCCUUCUGGAAGGGCUGCCUGGGAGGCCAAGGACCUUCAGGGAGACCCACCGUCCCUGCUGGCCUCACCGGUUACAGCAAGGCCUGCCACUGGAUGGUGGGUCCAAGUCUGGUGUGUGUGCUUGUCAAAUGAACCAUUAUGGUUGUCAAGUACUAUGAUGAGAAUUGCUGGGCAAACUUAGAAACCCUCAGUGUGUUAGGAUGGAGAUGAUGCCCAGAGGCUGCACAAUGCUUCCUCCAGUGGGGGAGGCCAUGAGGGACACCAGCGAAGGCUUCCCCCUAAACACUGGGUAGUCUGUGCCAGCUUCGGCAGCUGCUGCAGCCUCACUCCGGCGCCUCCUCCCCUGCGCUUGGGUCUUCCAUCCUCAAAUAAACUAUUUUUGCUUCAA